AGCUAAAGACGCUUCAACAGGAGCUAAAGACGCUUCAACAGGACUUAAAGACGCUCCAACAUUAGCUAAAGACGCUUCAACAGGAGCUGAAGACGCUCCAACAGGAGCUGAAGACGCUCCAACAGGAGCUAAAAACGCUUCAACAGGAGCUAAAGACGUUCCAACAGGAGCUAAAGACGCUCCAACAGGAGCUAAAGACGCUUCAACAGGAGCUAAAGACGCUUCAACAGGAGCUAAAGAUGCUUCAACAGGAGCUAAAGACGCUUCAACAGGAGCUAAAGACGUUCCAACAGGAGCUAAAGACGUUCCAACAGGAGCUAAAGACGCUCCAACAGGAGCUAAAGGCGCUUCAACAGGAGCUAAAGACGCUCCAACAGGAGCUAAAGACGCUUCAACAGGAGCUAAAGACGCUUCAACAGGAGCUAAAGACGCUUCAACAGGAGCUAAAGACGUUCCAACAGGAGCUAAAGACGCUUCAACAGGAGCUAAAGACGCUCCAACAGGAGCUAAAGACGCUUCAACAGGAGCUAAAGACGCUUCAACAGGAGCUAAAGACGCUUCAACAGGAGCUAAAGACGUUCCAACAGGAGCUAAAGACGCUUCAACAGGAGCUAAAGACGUUCCAACAGGAGCUAAAGACGCUUCAACAGGAGCUGAAGACGGUCCAACAGGAGCUAAAUACGCUUCAACAGGAGCUGAAGACGGUCCAACAGGAGCUAAAGACGCUUCAACAGGAGCUAAAGACGCUUCAACAGGAGCUAAAGACGCUUCAACAGGAGCUAAAGACGCUUCAACAGGAGCUAAAGACGCUGAAUUUUUUAAAAACAGAUUAUACUAUAUUAUGUAUGAACAGACUAUAAUUGACCCAUUUUCAGCAUUUUUAGGCAUUUUAACCUUUGCCCAUUUUUGACAAAAAUCGACAUGACAUUUUUUUCUCCGCAGGUCAUACUUGUACAUCCCAUAAUAUGGUGUUUUCUCGCUAUUUUUGGACAAAUUAUACUGCCACUUGUAUCAACAGUCUAUAAUUGACCCAUUUUCAGCAUUUUUAGGCAUUUUAAAAUUUGACCUUUUUUGUCAAAAAUUGUAUUAUUAUAUAUACUAUAAGUAAAAGUAAAAGUGCUUUACAAAUAAAAUGUAUUGUUAUUAUUAUUAUUAUUAUUAUUAUUAUUAUAUACUUUAUUAUUUUCUUCUUCCAUUUUUGGA